CAACCCCUUUGUUAGAUUUUGUAUACCAUUAUAGAAAACACACACACACACAGAAAAAAAAAAAAAAUCCAAAAAAUGUAAGUAACAGAAAAAUAUAAAAACAAAAAGACACAACAAAAAAUUUUUUUAAAAAAAAAUUGAAAAUAAGAGAGGCAACAAUGGAAGAAGAUGCCAAGCCUAAAUUGCUAAUUCUAUGCCUUCUUUUGGUUGCAUUCUUUCCGGCCUUGAUGGCUAACAUUGCAGAGUUUGAUGAGGUAUGGCAAAACCGAGCUCGAGAAGCCAAGAAAGCUUCCCGUGCAGCGUAUAAUCCGCACCCAGAACAAGUUACUCAAAAUUUUAACAAGGAAGUACACAAGGCAUUGGAUGGUUUAAAUAGCACAAGGAGGAGCUUGAAUAAAUAUAGUGGUCCUUGUAUGGCGACAAACCCAAUUGAUCGUUGCUGGAGAUGUGACAAAAAUUGGGCUACAAACCGCAAGAGGUUAGCUGACUGUGCUUUAGGGUUCGGACAUAAGGCAACAGGAGGCAAAGCAGGGGAGAUCUAUGUAGUCACCGAUUCCUCGGACGAUGACUUGUUGAACCCAAAACCAGGAACACUACGUUACGCUGUGCUCCAGCCUCAGCCCCUCUGGAUCAUAUUUGCACACGACAUGAUCAUUAAGCUAAGUGAAGAGCUAAUGGUGACAAGCAACAAGACUAUUGAUGGUCGAGGUGCUAACGUCCACAUUGCCAAUGGCGCUCAAAUCACUCUGCAGUUUGUGAAAAAUGUGAUCAUCCAUGGCCUGCAUAUCCAUGAUAAUAAGGCCGGGAAUGGAGGCAUGAUUAGGGACUCUGUCGAUCACUUCGGCUUUCGAACUCACAGUGAUGGUGAUGGCAUCUCAUUGUUUGGAUCCUCAGAUGUUUGGAUAGAUCACAUCUCUAUGUGGAACUGCCAAGAUGGACUCAUCGAUGUGAUCAUGGCGUCUACUGCCGUUACCAUAUCAAACUGCCAUUUCACUCAUCACAACGAGGUGCUAUUGUUUGGUGGAAGUGAUACGUAUCCGGAUGAUGAGGUGAUGCAAGUAACUCUGGCUUUCAACCAUUUUGGUAACGGUUUGGUUCAGAGGAUGCCAAGGAUCAGGUGGGGCUUUGCCCAUGUUGUCAACAAUGACUAUACCCAUUGGCUCAUGUAUGCCAUUGGUGGUAGCCAACAUCCUACCAUCGUUAGCCAGGGCAAUCGGUUUGUUGCUCCAUCAAACCCAUUUUGUAAAGAGGUGACAAAGAGGGGCUAUACACCUGAGAGUGAGUGGAAAUCAUGGAAUUGGAGUUCCGAGGGGGAUCUUAUGGUGAAUGGAGCGUUCUUUGUUGAAUCUGGAAGCAAAAUUAACAAUCUCUCCAAUAAGGAUAUGAUCCCUGCCAAGCCUGGCACAUCUGUGGCCAGGCUCACAAGAUUUGCAGGUGCUCUUAACUGUGCUAAAGAUAAGGCAUGUUAAUAUGUAUGAACAACA